AUGGCUCGCGCAGCCGGUUUAGAGGAGGAGCUGAGCGACGAUGAUGCGUUUGAGGACAGACAUGGUAGAGGGGGCGGAUUGAUGAAUGCUGACCAGUAUAUCGAAAGAGUGGUGGGCCCUCGUGACGAUGAUCUUACUAACUCAGACGUCGAAAUCACAGAAGUGAGAGCGAAAAGGCGGGAAAGUGCAGAGUCUCUGCUUGGGGAAAAAGUCGGAUGGUCUGAUGAUGAUAGCGAUAAUGUUUACGAGAAAUUUAAGUCUCGAAAGACUACCAAGCGAAAGAAGGUUGCAGCCACAAAGAAAAAGCUCACAGCCAUAGCCAAAACUGCCGCUCUUGAUAGGAAGAAGGCAAAGCAGACAGGAGAGCCAGUGAAGAAGAAGCAGAGGGUAUAUGGGGAUGCCUCCGAUGAUGAUCCACUGGAUGAUGAUAUCCCCGAAUACAUCCUCGAUAGAAGAAGAAAGUUUGACAAGGGCCAAGAGAAGCUUGGAAGCGCUGGUCUUUGGCUUCCGCCAUCUUACGAUAGCAUUGAAUUUUCCGACGAUGAGCGACUGGAGGAACUUGAGGAAAGACCGGAUUUCCCUCCCAGCCUGGAGCGAUCGCAACCUUACGAGGAUGUUGUGCUCCCUAAUUCGCUGGGUGUGAUACCUGCAUCUAUUUCACAGUACCUAAGAGACUAUCAAAUUGAAGGCGUAAAGUUCCUUCACCAUCUAUUUGUGUUUCAAAAGGGUGGGAUAUUGGGUGACGAUAUGGGUUUGGGGAAGACCGUCCAAGUGGCUGCGUUUCUGAUAGCGGCAUUCGGCAAGACUGGGGAUGAGAGGGAUAACAAGCGAAUGAGGAAGAUGAGAAGAGCUGCCGGCAAUCUCUGGUAUCCUCGAGUCCUAAUAGUAUGCCCUGGAUCUCUUAUUCAAAAUUGGAUCAACGAAUUGAACCGCUGGGGAUGGUGGCAUGUUGACAAAUACCACGGUACUCCCAAAGAAAGAGAAGGGGUUCUUGAUGCGGCAGCUUCAGGGCGGUUAGAAACCGUUGUCACAACCUAUACUACUUACAGGAAUCAUAUGGGACAACUUAAUCUCAUACCGUGGGAUUGUGUCAUAGCAGAUGAAUGCCAUCAAAUCAAAGAACGAUCGUCUGCUACAACCCAAGCAAUGAAUGAAGUUAAUGCACUGUGUCGGAUUGGGCUAACGGGCACUGCAAUUCAGAAUAAGUAUUCAGAACUAUGGACUUUGCUAAAUUGGUGCUCUCCCGGCAGACUGGGUCCGAUCUCAACCUGGGAGAAUAGUAUAAGUUGGCCGCUAAAGCGAGGGCAGUCCCACGAAGCUACUUUCCAUCAACUGAAAAUGGCGAGAGAGACAGCAGAUAAGCUGGUCAAUAAUUUACUUCCGGAAUUCUUCUUGCGACGAAUGAAGAGCUUAAUCGCUCAUCAGCUUCCGAAAAAGACGGAUCGUGUAGUAUUCUGCCCUCUUACAGAAAUACAAAAGAUUGCAUACGAACGUUUUCUUGACAGCGAUUUGGUCGAGCUAGUUAAAUACUCCACUGAAUUAUGUGAUUGCAAUUCGGGGAAACGACGAGGGUGGUGCUGCUACACUACCGCUGAAGGGAGUAACACAAGUUGGAAGGCUUUGGUGUUUCCAGUGAUCACCAAUCUCCAAAAGCUAGCAAAUCAUCUCGCGCUCUUAAUCCCUAACGCCAAAGACCCAAUGGACAAGCAGGAGCGAGAUCUAGAGUUUCUCAAAAAGAUGGUACCAGAUCGUUGGAGAGAGUUGUACGCCAACCGAGAAUCUCUAUUCAAUCUAGCUAACCCUGAUUUCUGCGGAAAGGCAAUGGAAAUUAUUGAAGAAGCUGCUGAAGCAAUGCAAACAGUGGAUGAUUUUAAUUCCGAUCCAAACCAAUUCGUUUUCCUAAUAUCAACCAAAGCUGGAGGCGUUGGCCUGAAUAUUACUAGUGCAAACAAAGUAGUAAUUUUUGAUCCAAAUUGGAAUCCGAGUUAUGAUCUCCAAGCGCAAGAUCGCGCCUAUCGCAUAGGACAACUUCGAGAUGUGGAAGUAUACAGAUUGGUAUCUGCCGGGACAGUGGAGGAAAUUGUAUAUGCACGCCAAAUUUACAAACAACAACAAGCCAAUAUCGGCUACAAAGCGUCAAUGGAACGGCGAUACUUUAAAGGGGUUCAGAACAAUGCAACUCAGAAGGGGGAGAUCUUUGGAUUGAUCAAUCUCCUCACCUUCCACGGUGAUGAUGUUGUGCUGCGAGACAUCGUCAACAAAACCAACGUUGCAGAAGCCAAGCGCGGUAUCGAGAUGAUAGAGCUCAAUACAGAUGAACUUUUAGACGACGAUGAUGAUCCUUUGAAAGUUGACAACGACGACGGAAAUGGCGCAAUGAGCCAACUCGCCGCUCUCAUCGAAAAAGGCGAAGACCUGAAGACGGUCCCUAGCAAAAGUAAGACCAAGGUCGACCCGAUAGCAGCAAUUCUAGCAUCGGCAGGAGUUCAAUACACCCACGAGAAUUCAGAAGUGGUAGGGAGCUCAAAAGUCGAAGAGGAAUUAAGUCGACGAGCUCAAGAGGCAGGUAACGAUGUCGAUUACGGCGAGCAAAGACUCUUCUCGGAAUCACAAUCGCAGAGGGAUGACCCAAACAGGAUUCAAUACGAGUUUCAUCCACCGGAAGAUGUUAUGACAAGACAGUUUUGUACAAUGGCUAAGACCUUUGGGUUCGAUAAUGCUACUGAGUUCGCGCUGGUCGUGGAGGGAUGGACGCAGAAGCAACGAAGAGAUUGCUUGGAGCGAUUCUAUAUCAGGAGGAGGGCGAGGUUGACAGAUCUAGGGAUGGAUAUGAAAGAAAAUAAUGCGGAUGUUACUGGCGAUUCUUUUGGCAGCGCGUCAAGGUCGCGGGCAGCCAGCCCUCCUCGUGCUGGCAUCGAGACGCAAGCCGAAAACAGAAGUGGGGUUGUAUCCAUUGUUGAUAUGGACACGAGAGUCCCAGAUACUCCGCCCGAUGUCGCAGCUGGACCUGACAUCGGAAGCGAAACCGAAUCAGACGAAGAUGAUGAACUUUAG